AUGGUGAUCCCGGGGGCCAAAACGGAGGCUAUCUCCGACAGCACAGCACUCGAGGAUGACAAACCUGACAUCGCCUGCCACGAGGACUCGCUGGGAGCAGAAUACCCGGCUAUAAACGACAAGAAACUGCUGCGUCGUAUUGAUCUCCAUAUCGUGGCCUGGCUUGCGACUCUUUACGCUUUUUCCCUGCUCGACCGUACCAACAUUGGAUCUGCCAAAGUUGCCGGUAUGGAGGUAGAUCUCGAGCUGACGGGGAACCGAUACUCGAUUGUCUCUCUCAUGCUAUUCCCGACUUAUAUCUUGCUCGAGGUUCCAUCCAACAUGCUCAUUCGCCGGAUCAGCGUCAGGAAAUACCUCGCAUUUUGUGUCUUUUGUUGGGGUAUCCUCGCCAUGUGCUGUGGCUUCGUCAACGACUGGAAAGACCUCAUCGCGGUCAGAGUGCUCCUUGGUGCCUUCGAAGGUGCAUUUCAACCAACAUGCUCUUACCUCAUUUCGUCUUGGUACAAACGCUACGAAACCCACCAGCGCAUUGCCAUUUGGUACAUGAGCGGUGCAUUUCUCAACGGCUUCCAGGGGAUCAUCUCCUACGCACUCAGCUUGAUGGAAGGCGUUGGGGGACUUCGCGGAUGGCGAUGGAUUUUCAUCAUGCCUGGUCUCGUCACGGCUGUCCUGGCACUGCCCGUCUACCGCUACGUGAGCGAAUUUCCCGAAAGAGCCAAGUGGUUGAAACCUCAUGAGCUACGCCAUAUCCAGGAACGGCUCCACCAUGACCGAGGCGAGGUUGAGGAGAAAAUGGACAGGCACCGACUGUUUGCUGCUCUGAGUGACUGGAGAUGUUGGGCUUUGGCUCUCCUGCUCUUCUGGUCGACUGCCGGCUCGUACUCAUUGUCCUUCUUCCUCCCAUCGAUCCUUAGGGGUUUCGGAUUCAGCACAGCACUCAGCCAGAUCCUGGUCACCCCUCCGAUGAUACUAUCCGUCUUUUGCUCCGUCGGGACAGGCCUGUGGGCGGACCGUGUCCACAUUCGAUCGCCAUUCAUUGUGGGUCACAUGAUCUUGGUUAUCGCUGGCAUCGUCCUUAUUGGAUGGGGCACAAACCUGGGCUCAAGACUCGUGGGUGUCUUCCUGAUGACGAUCGGAAACAAUUGCACCAUCCCUACUGUGAUCGCCUUCCUCAUCAACAACCUCCCCUCAUCAAGCAAGCGCCAAAUCGCGCUACCGUUGCAAGGCGGGUUUGCCGGAUUUGGUGGUAUUGCCGGAGCACUCAUUUUCAGGACCCAGGAUGCACCAAGGUAUCUCUUUGGCCUCUAUCUGUCAAUUGCGUUUGCUUGCUGCAGUAUACUCAUGACCAGUGCGCUGGUGUACUAUUUCCAUCAUGAGAAUAAAAAGGUAGAGGAGGGAGGACCAGCCAUCGAUGGCAUCGAGGGCUUCCGCUAUACGCUCUAG